AUGUCCAAUCAUAUUGAGGUCGGGGUGGCUCCUUAUGCACCACGGAGUGUCUUGGAAACACUCCCAUGUAGCCUUCCCACAUCCCAUUUCGAGAGUUCUACAGAUUUCGAUGUUGUCGCAGCACCUAUCGUUGAUUCACUUCAAGACCUUGAUAUAGCUGAUCUGUCUGAUGAAUCGAUCUGGCGAGACACGUUCGCUCUCACGGGUACAUUGAGAACAUUCUACUCUGCCCAGUCUGUCGCUAAAGCAUGGGUUGAGACCUGCAAAUCACGACAAGCCAUAGGGUUUAGCCUGGUUAUAGGAUCGGCGAAACCGAUGCAAUUAAGCAAGGAUGUUGGUUGGGUAAAUGUGUCGUUUUCAUUUCGAACUGACCAAGUUCCCACAUCAAGAUGUUUCGGUUAUCUAUCACUGGUACUUGCAGAGGGUGGGAAGUGGAGAAUAUGGAUGAUAAGAACAACUUUGGAACAAUUGGAGGACUGCGCCGAUGUAGAUAAGCUGAUCCCCGGGGGUAAGAGCUCCCAAACAGUUGUUCACACAGCGGAUAGCUCCCACGCACCACCUCAAACUAAUGGUGACACCAACAGCCUCACACCGGUGCAACCCAUCGAUUGUGUCGUUGUCGGCGCCGGCCAAGCUGGGCUCGGGACCGCAGGCAGACUCCAGGCUUUGGGAGUAUCCUAUGUCGUUCUCGAGAAACAUGAUCAGAUUGGUGACAAUUGGAUGACCCGUUACGACUCGGCAAGACUUCACACCGCUCGUGAAUACAACCACCUACCGUUCGACCGCACAUUCCCACUUCCCUAUCAAGAAUUUCUUACGAAAUAUGAUCUAGCGAAGGGUUAUAAGGAAUGGGUCGCAAAAUUUGGGAUCGAGCAGAAUAUCUGGUUCAAGACCGUCCUGAACACCGGGACCUGGGACGAGCACAGGAACCUUUGGACGCUCAGCCUCAAUCACGCUGGCCACGAGGAGACAAUUAUAUGUCGGCACGUGGUCAUGGCAAUUGGGGCUGGAGGUCAAGAUCCAAUAAUGCCGACCUAUCCUGGCGUGGCCGACUAUCAAGGAACGGUCCUGCAUUCCGCAGAUUAUCGUUCAGCCGACCCCUUCAAAGGCAAGUCUGGUAUCGUCAUUGGCACAGCCAAUACAGCACAUGACGUCGCCGAGGAUAUGGUCGAAGCUGGACUCUCAAGCAUCACCAUGGUCCAACGAACACGCACAUAUGUCCUGCCCUGCGAAUAUUUCAAAGCCAUCAGCGAUCGAUCAUAUAAUCUUGACGUGCCCACUGUGGAUGCCGAUCGCGAAGGCUACUCCAUGCCAUAUGCUGUAACGAGGCUGCUCAGUCACAAGGCACUGCAUGAAAGGGCGAGAAGUGAACCUGAAAGGUUCGACGCUCUGGAGCGUGCUGGGUUCAAAUGUGAACGGUAUGGUGACAUUAUGUGGCAUAUCCUUGAGAAGCUCGGAGGUCACUACAUGGAUGUUGGAUGCUCGGAGAUGAUUGCAAAAGGCCUCAUCAAAAUGAAGGCCAACGCCCUACCCACACAUUUCACUCCCAAUGGUUUGGGAUUUAGCGAUGGGACCGAGAUACCGGCUGAUAUCAUUGUGUUCUGCACCGGAUUUGUGGGCAACAUGCGCACGAACGUCGCGAAGAUCUUUGGUCAGGGCAUUGCCGACGGUGUUGAAGAUUUUUGGGGGUUGGACGACGAGGCUGAGCUUAAAGGAGCAUUCAAAGGAACAGGGCAUCCUGGACUGUGGUACAUGGGUGGCACCAUUGGACACGCUCGAUAUUUCUCCCGUUAUGUGGCUCUGCAAAUCAAGGCCCAGCUUCUGGGCACACCGUUACCUUGUUAUAAUGGCGAGAGGAGGGGUGGGUGA